UGAAGUAACUGUUAUUUCGAAGAAAUGAUGAGUGGGGAUAUUUAAUCAUCUCUAUUUGUAUGAGCACUUUAGCUCAUAUCCAGUCACUUAGUCAGUAUCUAUGACUUCAAGAACGUAAUAUUCAUUAUGAAUAGAAUAAUUAUAUUACUACUUGGAAUUUUAAUUGUCGAGUCUGUCACUGAGAGCGAGAAGGAAAAAACUGUAAAAGUCAAUUUGAUACCUCAUAAUGCCCAAAUAAGAAAUGUAACGGGUAAAUUAAUUAUUGUUCAAAAUGAUGAUAAUUCUGUUAAUAUUACUGGAAAAAUAAGUGGACUUACAGAAGGGUUACAUGGUUUCCAUGUACAUGAAAAAGGAGAUUUACGAAAUGGUUGCACAUCUACCGGUCCACAUUUUAAUCCUGAGAAUGUUACCCAUGGUGGACAAGAUAGUCCAAUAAGACAUGUUGGCGAUUUAGGUAAUAUUCAAGCAAACGCUAAAGGUGAAGCAGAUGUACACAUCAAAGAUUUCAUUAUUUCUUUGACUGGAAAGAAUAGUAUUCUUGGACGUGCAAUAGUUGUUCAUUCUGGUGAAGAUGAUUUAGGAAAAGGGAACAGUAGUCUUUCUACAAGCACCGGAAACUCGGGAGAUCGUUGGGCUUGUGGUAUUAUCGAAGCUAUCUAGAUUUCUCUGAAUUUAUUUGAUUCUAUAUUUAAAAUUUAGAAUUUAGGAUAAAGAUUUUCAAAUGAUAAUCUUGUAGUUUUUCAUAAAUAAAAUGAAAUAUAAAAUUUAAAAUAAAAAUAAACUU